GAAGAGGGCUGGGUGUUUUAUUCACCAAACCUACUUCUCAUCAAGCACAAGCACAAGCCAUGGCGGCUUCUCGCAGGUUUACAUGUAAUCUUCUUCGCCGUUCUCUUUCAUCAAAACCAUCUUCUCUCCCUCCUUCCCAAACUGCUAAACAUGGUCAUCUUCAAAAUCGUAUUUCAUCAAAUUACGCCCUAGUUUUUCUAAACCGACGAUCAAGCCUUCUUCAAUCACUCAAUCAUCCUUUUCAAAACCCUAAUCCAAUCACUUGCAGCAGUAUCAGAUUCCUAUCCAAUGGAGAAAAGAAAUCGGAUGAAAAUCCAAUUGAAAAGAAAUCGAAUGAAUUGAAGCACCAGGAAAUCACGGGGCCGACUGUGGAUCGAGAUCUAUCAGCACUGGCUAAUGAGACGCGGCAAGUUCUGGAGACGAUGAUGAGGAGUGUUUACAGCUUGAGCAAAGUUUUAGCCGGAUUAGGAUUGGUGCAUCUGGGUUUGGGAGCCUGGAUGUCGUACAGUAUGCGUCCUCCUCUUCUGGAGGUGUCGAUUCAGAGCUUGCUGGCGUUUGGGCUGCCAUUUUCGGUAGCAUUCAUGCUGAGGCGGUCGUUGAAGCCAAUGUACUUCUUCAAGAAGAUGGAGGAGCAAGGCAGGCUGCAGAUUCUGACCCUCACUCUUCAGGUUGCCAAGGGUUUGAAUACCUUUUUCGUGCGUCUUCGUGGCGUUACUUAUCUCUGCAUUGCUGGUGCAUCCGUUAGUUUCAUAUACGCUGUGCUAUCUAGAUGAAAUUUCUUGUAUGGAUUCUUUUGCUCUUUACCAUAUUUUUCAAUUCUAAAGCUGUUUGAUUUGUUUCACUGAAUUUGUGUUUGAAUUAAUUCCACUUGGUAUGUAUAGAGUAUGUUUCAACUUCCACUCC